UACAAACUCCCCUCAUCACUAACUGUUGCGCUUCAACUCUCUGCCUCAAUUCCAUCAUAUCAAGGGGAAAAGCCAGCACGGUACCCAGCGAAGAUGCGCGUGCUAGGUCUUCUAGGCGGGACAACCUACAACGCAACCCUCCUCUACUACAAACAAAUAAACGCCUACGUCCAACACCGUCUCGGCGGCGGCCACUCCUCCAAACUGCUCCUCCACUCCUUCGACCACGCCGAGCUCUUCAGCUUCUUCCAAACAGGCAACUACAACGAAGUAUCCCGCCAAAUCUGCAGCGCGGCAAAGAAUCUCAAGUCCAUCGGCGCAGAAGCAAUCGUUCUCUGCGUCAACACGAAUCACCGCUGGGCGGAAGAUGUUGAAAAUGCAACGGGUCUUCCACUGCUGCAUAUCAUUGACUUUACGGGUGAUGCUAUUAUUAAAGAAGGGUUGAAGAAAGUUGCAUUGCUGGGAACACAGAUUACGAUGGAGCAGGACUUUUUGAAGGGGAGGCUGGAGAGGAGGUUUGGGGUUGAGGUACUUGUGCCAGGGAGGGAGGAGACGAGGAAGAGGAUGGAUCGUGUGAUUUUCGAAGAGCUUUCGUGUAAUAAGGUACUGCCUGAGUCAAGGGAGUUUUACCUGGAUCAGAUCAGGGACUUGUACGGGAGGGGUGCUGAGGGAGUUAUUUUGGGAUGUACAGAGUUACAGAUGAUAUUAAAGCCGGGGGACGUUGACAUGCCCAUGUUUGAUACCGUUCAGUUACAUGCGAAAGGCGCUGCGAAAUGGCAGCUGGAGGAGUAACGAGUUCAUAACGGCUUGGUCAUCAGGUAACAUGAAGUGAAAUGCAACAGCGAAUUGGAAAAAAAAAUACCUAUAGUUCUCAUAUUUAUUUAUCAUGCUUUCGGCCGUAAUGUAGUCUACUCUAAUAAGUUCUUUCUGCAACAGACUUUGCGCUAAUAAUGACC